AUGUGUAGUCAAGAACAAAAAGAUCAAUCUCCUCUUUAUGUUUCAUCAAAUCGUAUACGUUCACAUUCAUUAAGACCACAAUAUUCACGAUUAGAUUAUGCACGACGUAAAUCAACUGCUAAUAUAUCUUCACAAAAUAUAUCAUGUUUAGAAUUAGAAAACGAUGAAAUUCAAAAUAAAAAAUCAUCAAAAAUAUUUUCACCAUCAUGGUUAAAACGACGUUUAACAUUAUAUUUUUUUGAACAAACAAUAAAUAAAAAACGUCGAAUGACAACAGAUUGUUUAUGUAAUAUUCAUGAUAAAUCAUAUUCUAAUCUAUUAAAACAAAAACGUUCGAGUGUUGUUGUACAAAUGUUAGAGUCGUUUGUACGACGACUUUCAUCACGAAAGAAAAAACAUCAUGAUGAACAUGAACAUGAACAUGAAGAAGCUCAAACAGUAAUUGAUCCAGUUUAUGAAACAUUAAAAAUAGCAGCUGAAACACGUAAAAGAACAAUAGCUAAUUAUUUACAACAAAAACAACAAACGCUCAAUAAACAAGCAUCGCUCAAUAGUCAAGGUUCAUCAGAACUUGAUAUACAACCAUCACCAAGAGUAACACGUCAUCAUGAGUCAGCUCCAUCAUUACGAACGAAACCACCACAAGCAUCAUCAUCAUUAUCAUCAUCAUCAUCAGGUAAAUAA